GAGUCAACGCCUCUGCUCCUUUCUAUGUCUAAAUGUAAAGAUAAAGGGGAAACACCAGUCUUUAGUGCAUGCCUUUUUCUCGUGCUUCCUUCUGUGACAUGUGUAGAUUGGUUUUAAAAACAUAAUGACUUAAUGAAUCAGAGAUUUGAGACUCAAAUUGUGAAUUUCAUCUACCUCACUGCAGGCGCCUGCGAGAACUGGUUUUCCCAAGGCUCCCUUUAGAGUUAAUGCAGACAAGAGGAAACUCUAGAGGCUGGGUCUUCCAAACCUAUAACUGGGGAGCAAAAGAAAGGUAACAGAUCUCUUCCAGAAGCUCUUCUUCUCUGUAUUUAGGUCAUUUGACAGUGAUAGCAGUGAGCAACUGUUUGGAAGUAACUGCAUGCCAGUGCAGAUGGAUACCUGCUGAGACUGCAUGACAAGUCAUGCAGAACCGUCAUAAAUUUCUGUCAUGAUUUACAGUACUAAAGAAGACAAGUUGUACUUGGUCCCUAUUCCACCCUCCCAUCUCCUUUCCUGAAGAAAUAGAGAGAAAAAGCUGUGGAAGAAAGAAGGAGAUUACAGAAGAUAUUCCUGAUGUUGCUCAUGUAGAAAUCCACAAGGAGUCAUCAUCCAAAAAAAGCAAGUACUGAAAAGUGGAAAGAAUCUCUUUCAACAUCCAUAUUUGGUUUGAUCUGAUGUUUGAGCAUUUGUGUAGUAGAAGAGAUGAGUUGGACACAUUAGGUGUGAGAGAUGUUUGGAAUAGGUCUGAGUGAAUUCAGAAUUUCCCAGGAAUAAUGUGAAACAGCUGACAGCCUCUUUAAAGCCUUCUGUUCCAAAGAAAGAAUUCUUUAUCGAUGUCUGAGAAAAGUAGAAAGAAAACAGCAUGUUCUCCAAGGGCUCCAUUUGAAAUGGGAAACUGAAAAAUCAGGGUGUGAGGAAUGCUUGAAAGUCCUUUUCUGUCUGUGUUAUGCAGAGAGACUGCAAGAAAGGAAUAUACAAGAGAAGGAAGGCUUGAACCUCUCAUGGAGACUGUCACAUUAUCCCACUUGUAGUUCUGUCAUGUUCCUGUCUUGGCAGGAUGAAUUGAGGUUCAGCAUGAGUCCCAGAAAUGGAACUGCAGUUACUGAGUUUGUCCUAGAGGUCUUCUCAGGGCUUGACCGAAGACUGCAGCUACUUUUCUCUCUGGUCUUUCUGCUCAUGUACCUGACAACAGUGAUGGGGAAUGCAACCAUCAUCUUCCUCGUGUGUGUGGAUCACCAUCUGCAAACCCCCAUGUACUUUUUCAUCAGCAACUUGGCCUUUCUGGAAACCUGGUUUACGUCCUCCACAAGCAUCAGAUUGUUUGUGAUCUUGUGUUCUGGUAGGAGGACAAUCUCACUAAGCAGCUGCUUUGCCCAAUCCUAUUUAUAUUUUGCCUUGGGCAGUACAGAGUUUGUUCUACUUGUUGUCAUGUCCUUUGACCGCUAUGUUGCCAUCUGCCAACCUUUGCAUUACACUGCCAUCAUGAAGCCUCAGCUCUGCAUCCACUUAGUUUUUGCCACUUGGGUCAUAAGCUUCACACUCUUCAGCUACCGUCUGCCACUCCUCAAUAAGCUGACUUUCUGUGGCUCAAACAAGAUAGACCAUUUUUUCUGUGACUACGCCCCCUUAUUCAAACUGUCCUGCUCUGACACCAGCCUGUUUUGGAAAAAGAUUCUUGUUUUCUCGUCAUUUGUCAUCCUGGGUUCCUUAUGUUUAACUCUGGCGUUUUACAUGAGCAUCCUGUUCUGUAUUCUGCACAUUCCAGCAGCCUCAGAGAGGAAUAAAGCUGUUACCACAUGUUCUUCCCAACUCACCACCUUAGCCAUCAUAUAUGGGAGCUGCAUUGCUCUCAAUGUGUGUCCUUCAGAAGAUGGUUCCUUGGAUACCAACAGAAUUGUUGCUUUGUUGAACACUGUCCUGUACCCAUUCUUAAAUCCAUUCAUCUACAGUCUUAGGAACAAGGCUGUGAUAGUGGCCCUGAACAAAGUCAUUGCCCAUGCAAUGAUGAAGCUUUUUCCCUCAUUGUGAUGCAUUUCUAGACAGCAGUGCUGCUGACCUGCUCUCAUAUGCGCAUUACUACCAGUGUUUGUGUAUGCAGCCUCCAUAUGCAAAUGUCUCAGCAGAUUUAUGGUCUUGUUGGAUUGUGCUAGGUUAAGUUCAUUUGCCCACACACAGAAGGCACAAAUAAUGGCAGGAGGAGUUGUUUAGUUAAUACCCUGCCCCAGCUGCUCCCAGGCCCAUUACUGCAGACCUCACCAAGAGCCCAUCUCCAAACUCAAAAAGAGCACAGAGGCACAGCUGCAAAUAAGAACCCAAGUCAGAGGCUCCUGAGAAAUGAACAUCUUGUGCCAGCUCCUUCCAGGGCUGCCCUGGGAGAGUCAUCAGUACC